CAGGGCAGGGACGUGCGGGUGCUCGUCUGUUUAGCCGCCUGUUUGCAGAUGAGGAGGCAGCACCAGGCAGGGCUUGCCCAGGGAGAGCUGGUGGAACACAGCUCAGCUCUGAGCGCAGCUCCCCCAGGCUCUGGUUGACACCCUCUGUCCUGGAGCUCAGCCCCCGGCCCUGACCUGGGUGGGCAGUCGCUGUCAGGGGCCAGACCCUGACAGAUGCGGGCUGGCGGCCCCUCUCCUGCGCCCUCCUAGCUGACACCCCAUCACACCACUGUGAGGACCCCGGGAGACCUGGCCGCCUCCGUGCACCCCGCAGCAGCCUGCAGGCGUCGGGGGCGGGGACGGUGCCAGGCGCCCCUCACUCGCCGGCUGCACCUGCGCCGCCACUCCUGGCUUGAGCGGCGCUGCCAGAGCCACCGGCCAGCGCUCCAUGCAGGACUCGCCCUGCGCGCCUGCGAGCACUGAGUGCGAGGAGGCCAUGGCGUCUGGGCCGGCCCACUAGCAAGUCGCCAUGUCUCGGGAGGCAGGCUCGUGCCGUGUGGGUGCAGGGGCAAGGGCACGGGCACGGAAACCCAAGAAGCCACACUACAUCCCCCGGCCCUGGGGCAAGCCCUACAACUACAAGUGCUUCCAGUGCCCCUUCACCUGCCUGGAGAAGUCGCACCUCUACAACCACAUGAAGUACAGCCUCUGCAAGGACUCCCUCUCGCUGCUGCUCGACUCCCCAGACUGGGCCUGCCGCCGCGCCCCUGCUGCGCCCCGGCCCCGCACACCCAGUCCUGACCGCUGUGCCGAGCCCUCCGGGCUGGGCAGCCAGACCCAAGGUGCACGGCUCCCAGAGGCCGCUUCCACGCCUGACCUCUCCCUCCGCCACUGUGGUGGGGGCCCCAAGCCUGGGUCUGAGGGGUCCCCAGGGCCACCACCCCCUGUAGCCAGGGCUGCCGGGAAGGGUCCAGGGUCCAGCCGGCACCUAACCGAGCAGUGGAAGCCAGGGUCGAGCACCGGCCCCAGGGGCGUGACCACGGGGGAUGUGGCCUCAGUAGGUCCUGAGGGCAGUGUCCCUUGUUACCCCCCGCCCUCCCGGGGUGAGUUCCCUGAUGCCCAGAAUCUCCACCUGUCUCUGCUGGGUGUCAACUACCCACUUGGCCCUGGCCUCUUCUCCUACCUGGGGCCCUCGCUGGCUGCCACGGCCCACAUGCCCUUCCUGGCCUCGGCCAGCCCCCUGCUGCCACCGGCUGCAGCCUUCCCGGCCCCGCAGCCCCCGGAGCGCCCAGCCCUGGCCCCCCGCCUGUACUACCCCCUGCUCCUGGAGCACACGCUGGGCCUGCCCACAAGCAAACCUGCCCCCACCAAGCCACCUGGGCCCCCGAAGGCGCCCACUGGAACUCUGGUCCCUGGGCUGCUGAAGGUGCCCGUUCCAGGGCUUGGGGGGCCCUGGCCUCCCGGGACCCCCAGGGACCCAGGGCAGGAGGAGGAGCUGGAACAGGUAGCUCAGAGCAGCCCCAAAAGGAUGCUGGCCCUGGGGAGCAGGCCAGAGCUCCCAAAGGCCCUCCCCAGCCUGGCAAAGUGCGGUUCCCAGAGCAGCCUGCCGGCCAGCUCCUCCAUGAUACCCUGGCCCGAGGACAAGGAGCCCUGCGAGCCCGAGACCCUGGGCCUGGAGGGGCCCCGUCUUCCGCAGCUGCCCACGUUGGGAAGCCCAGGGCAUGUGGGCGAGGACCUGGCCCGGGCCCUGGGCGCCUAUGCUAGAGUGGAGCGACGUCUGGGGCAGCUGGCACCGUCCGCAGGCCCGGCCCCACGGCCUCUGCGGGAGCAGCUGGGCCAGAUCCGCAGGGAGCUGCUCGCUAUUCACCAGGCGCUGGAGCGGGCCGUGAGGCCGCCGGACACACCGCUGGACCUCUCUGUGAAGCGGGUGCCUACCCAGGGACCCCUGCUGCCUGCGGGGACCUGGAGGCAGCCUUCGCUGCACCCCCCAGUGGCCCAGGGCUCCCCUGAGCCGCCCAGCAUGCUGGGCCCUGCACCAGAGCCCUUCUCUGGCCGCACCACCAAGUGCGAGGCCGACUCCAGUGUCCCACCCCCAGGCCUCCCCCUCCAGGCCUCGGGGGACCCUGUCAUUCCUGGGAGCGGGUGGGUCACCCGCAUGGGGGUUGGGGGCUCCCCGACCCCUCAGGAUGCCCCUGUCCUACAAAGCCCCCCCGGUGCUGAGGCCUGACCCCUGGCCCUGCCGGCUGUCUGCACCCUCGGCUCCCGCCCCCGGCCCCCACCCUGUCCGGCUUCAGCAUGCUCCUGCUGGACCCCGGCCAGCCCACGGCCAGCUUGUCUCUCAGGCCACCAGACAGCGGGGAGCGCGGUUGUCUGUUGGCCACAGGGGACGUGAUUAAAGACACCGCCCACCC